AUGUACUCCACACAGUAUCCCGCCCCGCCACCGGGCUACAUGCCCUUCGACUACCGCACUCCGCCUGUCUCGCCCUCGCCCGGCGUCCAUGGCUACUACUCACCUCGAUAUUCGGUCCACACCGCCACACCCUCGCCGCGAGCCUCGCCCAAGCACCAUUCGCGACGCGCGAGCCAGCAGGAUCUCCCAAACUACGGCGCGUACACGUUUCGCGUGCCUUCUCAGUACUACAGCACCGCGUACUCGACUCCCCGGUACGCGUCUCGGUCUCGCGAGUCGACGCCGCAGCGCAGUGACUUUGUAAGUGGAUCAACUCGCACGCGGCCCCGAAGUCGAAGCUACCGCGACCCCGACGGCGCGGCCAGUGGCGGGGACUGCUCGUGCAAGCACUGCCACUGCGGCGACAAGAAUCGCACCGGCGCUCGCUCGCAAUACGGCCACCGCAAGGUGGUGGUUGACGACGCCGACGACGAUGUGUACGACGACUACGCCUAUCGCACGCCGCCUCCGCCGUACGAAGCGCACACCAGCUACAGAGAAACUUACAAGCCCUUCUACGAUCAGGUCCCAACCUACACCGAGUUCGAGGCCACGCCGCGCCCGCGUCCGCGCCGCUCGUCGCAAUCGGCGCGCUUCUCUCAGCAGCAACAACAGCAAACGCCACCGCCCAAGCGACCCUCGUCAAGCACCAAGGCGCCCCCACCGCAGGCGACGGAAGAGGACGCGCGUCGCGCGGGCAUACCGGCGGGCUACUCGUACAAGAAUUGGGACCCGACGGAAGAGCCAAUCAUGCUGCUCGGAAGCGUCUUCGAUGCCAACUCGUUGGGCAAAUGGAUCUAUGACUGGACCGUCUUCCACCACGGGCCAGCGACGCCCAUGUCAGAGGUCGCGGGCGAACUCUGGCUGUUGCUGAUCCAGCUGGCGGGCAAGGUCAGGCGCGCCGAAGAGUGCAUGGCCAAGAUCCGCAAGCAGGAGAGCCGCGAGCUGGUGGGCGAUUUCCUUGAGAGUGGCGAGCGCCUGUGGUCCCGCUUCUCGAAGCUUCUCAAGGCGUGCGAGAACUACAUGUGGCGCGCGGCCAAGCGCGAGAAUGGCGACAAGAAACCCGUCUCCAUGGGCAAGAACAGCGGGUGCGAGUUUGUCGACUCCAUCUUUGGCCGCGACCGCGAGCUCGAGAAGACGGAGAAGCUGAUGACGGGAAUGCGCCUCUGGAGCAUGCGUUUUGACGCUAACUGCGAGGACAUUCUGCGCUAUCCUUCUGCCUAG